UGAUCGCGAUGAGUUUACUCCUGAACCCCAAACCGUUCCUGAAUGGACUGACAGGGAAACCAGUGAUGGUGAAGCUUAAGUGGGGAAUGGAGUACAAAGGUUACCUGGUGUCUGUAGAUGGCUACAUGAACAUGCAACUUGCAAAUACAGAACAAUACAUAGAUGGUGCAUUGUCUGGACACCUUGGUGAAGUUUUAAUAAGGUGCAAUAAUGUCCUUUACAUCAGAGGUGUUGAAGAAGAAGAAGAAGAUGGCGAAAUGAGAGAAUAG